AUGAAGGCAUCGGCUCGACGCAGCGUAUCGUAUGUCGUGGAAGCAUGUGAUGAAGAACGAGCCCAUCGCUUAGGUGUCAACUCCUUGGCAAUCGAUCCCAAUGUACAACAGUCCAUAAACGAAACCACAGGCCAUGGCGGUGUCCUUUUUUCUGCUGGCAGAGACGGCGUCGUAGCAAGUUGGGAUCUUCACUUUGAAUUCCAUCGACCCAGUGCCCAUGCUGAAUGGGAGCUCGACCACGAUUUUGAGACACCCGCACCCAAGGCAACCAACAGGGCGUUUACUCAAAUGCAUACCGAUUGGGUCAAUGAUAUUGUGGUUUGUAGAGAUGGAAGGGCUGUGGUCUCGGCAUCAUCCGAUCGCACGGUUAAACUUUGGUCUGUGAAUGAUCCAGAAUCAUGCUCAUCGACUAUUGGAUGGCAUAACGAUUAUGUCAAAUGCCUCGCCUCGGCCAAUCAAGCAGGAUGGGUGGCUAGUGGUGGUUUCGAUAAACGUGUCAACAUUUGGGACCUCGAGAAAUGUCAAGCUGCAGCAGCCAUUCAUACAAACGCUGAUCAAAACAUGUAUUCUUUGGGUGCCCACAAUACUAUCACCAAGACAUCAAUUUACGCUAUGGCAGUGAAUCCUUCUGGCAAGGUAUUGGCAACCGGUUCACCUGACAAGGUGGUACGAUUAUGGGAUCCUCGAUCGGGUCAACAAAUUGGAAGACUUACAGGCCAUACGGACAAUAUUCGUACAUUGCUGAUAAGUGAGGAUGGUAGUCAUAUACUUUCUGGCUCAUCAGAUUCAACCAUCAAGCUAUGGUCGGUCAAAGCGCAACGAUGCUUGGCUACGUAUGAAACACAUGCCGAUUCAGUGUGGUCCCUUUAUUCCGAUGAUCCUGAAUUGAAGAUAUUCUAUGCCGGUUCUCGUGAUGGCUUGGUCACCAAAACGGAGAUUUCAGGAUGCAACGAGAUGGAUAAUGAAAGUGAAUGCAUUGGUCUUUUCAAAGAGAAAUCGGGUGUUUCAAAGAUUGUUGUAUUGCAGGACAAAUACAUUUGGACAGCUACAUCAAGUUCAGACAUAAAUAGAUGGCUCUCUAUCCCUUCACGCGAAUCUCGACAAACUUUAAUCGAUUCAGCAUACAACAUCGACAUUCCUACAUCGGCUUCAGCAAAACUACCCCCUGCUCGACCGCCCUAUCACUCUCAGUAUUCGGAGCCAUUCGUUGGAAGUGACAACUUGACAUUAUACGCCAAAUCGGUCAUGUCUAUCCCUAUCAGCUAUCAAGAAGAUGAUGAUGAUUCCAAUGAAUUGAUUCAGCCAUUACGUAGUGCACCUGAUGGCACUAUCUCAGGCAAACCUGGAAUUACAGCUCACCUCGUGUUACAAAAUCGUCGACAUGUGCUCACACAAGAUACCAAUGGCGAAAUUGGUCUAUGGGAUAUUGUGAAGUGCACUCAAGUCAAAAAAUUUGGCAAGCGUCCUCUGCAUGAUGUUGCUCAGGAAGUGAAUGGAAUGGAUUGUGCUCCUGCUUGGUGUACCGUGGAUACAAAGAUUGGUGCAAUCACUGUACAAAUGGAUGGAUUCACUUGUUUCGAUUGUGAGAUGUAUGCGGAUGAAGCUGACUUGCCCGAUACAUAUGAAAUACGUGAAGAUCAGAGAAUUAAUCUUGGAAAAUGGGUGCUGGCACACCUCUUCAAAGAAUUUCUGAACAAAGUGAUCGAGCUACAGCAUCGGGAAGAGGAAAAAGCGCAUGAUGAAAAGCAAGAGCGCAAGAGCACUACCACAGUAAUCCGUGCUGCCGAUACACCACCUCCAGAUACUCAUACCAAAAAGUCAACGACGCCAAAACCACCCUUGACGGCUAUUACAACCAAUAUCAACAAUAACCCAGCCUUCCCACCAAACUCGCCAAUGUCACCUGGUUGCAAUAGCAUAUCAAGUGGACCAUUCACGGCACCACCCACCACAAGUCCUCAGGAUGACUAUUUUUCAGGGGCACAUCAUCCAACAGCAGAGCCUACAUCGCCAGUACAACCUCCACCACCCGUAGCAUUAUCAACAUCACCAGCGUCACCCACUGGUAACUUUAUCAAUCGAUUGAAGCAUUUAUCAGUCAAGGCCAAAAUAUCAAAAACGCCAUCUGGAGAAGAAAACGAUACACAAGCCGACCUCCCUAAACGAUCCAUGGGUGACGCUCCAAAGAAUGGAUACCAUGGUGCUGGCAAAAAGACUGAAAAGGAAGCGUCCUCAUCAUCGGACAGCUUAAAGACACAUUACACACCUCCCUCGCCCUCUGAAUUUCCACCAUUAUCCAUCCCAUCUUCAACAACCAUCAUCAUCACUGAAGAGAGUGCCGAAGCAUCCACUGGCAUUGAUCUAUAUCGUGGAACAGCUGCCUAUGCCGGGAUCGAUGCAGAAUUGAUUGCAAACACUGCUCCCUCUUGGUUGCUAGCCUAUUUGUAUCAUAACAAAAUACCCAACAAGGAUGCCGUCAAGCUCACCUUUUCCUUAUCACCGCACAAGGGUUCAAAGAUGCCUGAACUUCCAGCUGGGGGUAGCAAUCGACUCUUAGCCAACAGGGUACUCCGAGUGCGGAAAUUGAUCCACCACGUCGGCGAGAAAUUAGGGAUGGCACCUGGUCAAGCUGUACAAGACAUUGAGCUGCUAUGUUGUGACACCAUUCUUCCAUUAACAAUGACCCUGGCAUCCAUCAAACAACACAUCAUGAAGUCAAGUGGCGAUAUUUUAUUGACCUAUCGAUAUAUUUCUGAAAGCAACAAAAGAUUAAGCGAAAAGUCAAGGAUAUCGAGCUAG